AUGCCGGCUCUGCUCCUGCUCCCCACCGGCUCUGGGCGAACUCUUGGGCUGGAUCUGGGGGCAUGGACAGACCCCAUAGCCCACGUCCCUCCAGAGCUGGGGCACCUCCUCUUCAAGAGGGAUGGAGCCUGGGAGCAGCCCCCCUCCACCUGCAGCUCUGGCGCUGGGCUGGGGACCGUGUCGCUCUGGGGCAGCCUCCUGCUCGCUGCCGGCCUUGCCCUCGACCCAGCACCGCAAAGCUGCAACUGCACGGAGCCCAUGGACUUCCAGGCUUUCCGGGAGGCUCCGCUCCCCGAGAGCUGCUGCCUCAACUUCACCAGCUCCAACAUCACCCACCUGGACUGGGGCGCACUGGUAGGGGUGCGGGGGCUGCGGGAGCUCUACCUCUCACACUGCAGCAUCACGGAUAUCAGCAACGCACAGGGAGUCCCCCCUGCCUUGGAGAUCUUGCACUUAAGUCACAACCUGCUGGAAAGUCUCCCUGGAAGCUUUCUGGAAGAUGCCCCUAAUUUGAGGGUCCUUUAUCUGGACAGCAACCAGCUCCAGGAGCUGCCCCAGUCCUUCCUGAAAGCAUCCACCCAGGCACAGGAGGUCUACCUGGGCUUCAACGCUCUGACAUUCCUUCCCACCAGCCUCCUGAAGCCAUCUCUGCUCCAGCUCCAGCUCUCCAACAACAGCUGGGACUGCAGCUGCGCUUUGCUCAGCAACCUGGAGGGUUGGCCCGGCCUGGUCGCUGAGAUUAUCUGCCACACUCCAGAGCAGUACCGUGGCAUGGACCUCCAGAGCAUCCCCCGGGAUGAGCUGUGCCGCUCGCACAGCCUCACCGCCCUCUUCAUCUGCCUGCCCCCUCUCCUCAUCCUUGUCAGCAUCACCUGGCAGCUGCUGACUGAGGAGCAGAAGCGCCUCUAUACCAAAGUGGCUCAGUACUGCAACCGCUCCACGGACCUCAUCCCCAUGUCAUUCGUCCUAGGUUUUUACGUCACUCUGAUCGUGAACCGGUGGUGAGCGCAGUACACCAGCAUCCCCCUGCCCGAUCAGCUCAUGUGCGUCAUCUCCAGCAAUGUCCACGGCAAGGAUGAGAGGGGCCGGAUCCUGCGGCACACCCUCAUCCGUUACGCCAACCUGUCAGCGGUCCUCGUUCUGCGCUCCGUCAGCACCAGGGUGCUCAAGCGCUUCCCCACCAUGGACCACGUGGUGGAAGCGGGCUUCAUGACGCAGGACGAGCGCAAGAAGUUCGAGAGCCUACACUCUGACUUCAACAAGUACUGGAUCCCCUGCGUGUGGUUCACCAACCUGGCGGCCCAGGCCAGGCGGGACGGCCGCAUCGGUGACGACGUGGCCCUCCGCCUGCUCAUGGACGAGCUGAAUCUCUACCGGGCCAAGUGCAGCAUGUUGUUCCAUUACGACUGGAUCAGCAUCCCCCUGGUGUACACACAGGUGGUCACCAUCGCUGUCUACUCCUUCUUUGCCUUCUGCCUCAUCGGGCGGCAGUUCCUGGAGCCGCUGGAGCCAGGGCAGGAGGGGGACCUGGACAUGUAUGUCCCUCUCUCUACCCUCCUCCAGUUCUUCUUCUACGCCGGCUGGCUGAAGGUUGCAGAGCAGAUCAUUAACCCUUUUGGAGAAGAUGACGAUGACUUUGAGACCAACAAGCUGAUAGACAGGAACCUGCAGGUGUCCCUGCUCUCUGUGGAUGACAUGUACCAGAACCUGCCCCCCGCGGUGAAGGACAAAUACUGGAAUGAGUCCACGGCUCAGCCCCCCUACACUAUGGCCACAGCCUCUGAGACCUUGAAGCCCUCGUUCCUGGGCUCCACCUUCGACAUGUGGUGAGUGCGCAGAGCAGCCCUGGGGCUGGAGAAAAAGAGGGCAAGUGCNGCCCCGCCAGGUGUCCCAUCCCCCCAGCCCCCCCUCCCCAGCCGCUUCUUCGCUGCUGCAUCCCCUGCCAUCAGCAUCAAAAACUUCAGCCGGGGUAGCCAAGCCCACUCCCGUGUGUGGCGUCCCCAGACAGACGGUGGCUUCCCCUCCCCUUACCCCAAACGCUCUGAGGACUCCGAGUUGGUGGCCCGCAUCAAGGAGGAAGAGACGGAGGAUGAGGCGAGCCGGGCCAGUGAGCCCACCACGCCUGGCAGUCACCCGGGGCGUACCCGGCUGCCAGAGGCCUCCGAAACACAGAGGAAGGAGCUGUUGCUGAUCCAGGUGAAGGCACCGUCCAGCGAGAGCAUUGGGGCUGACGGGCCGGAGGCCUGGGAGCCCUGA